GAACCUGGAGCUUCCUCUGCAGGGUUAGGGUUCUGGUCUGGAGAGACAGAACGGCUCUGAGAUGGAUCAGAACCAGAUCCUGGAACCACAAAAUGAAACGAGCUGAAAGUUCUGGAGGAAGAGCUGAGACUGGAAAGACUGGUUUAUACUGGAAAUGUCGGAGAUCAGAGCUGCAGGCUGAGCGAACCAGAACCUCUACUGGUUCUGGAUGCAUGUUGGAUGGAUGGAUGUUCAGACAGUGUUGGGUGGCGGUGGUAGUGCAGGUCCUGUCAGGACGGCGCCCCCUGCCUGUUAAUGUUUGCAGGGCUUUGCUGCUCAUUAACGGAGCGCUUCCUGCUGUCCGGUUCUUCAGCCGGCAGGCUCCAGGAAUCGCUGCAGAUUAUAAUCCGUAUCUGAAUAUGCAUCAGAUCCAGAAUGUAAGCCGUCUUGGUCCAGGAGAACUCAGGCUGUUAAUCAGACAGAACCAUCCCAAAAUAAGAACCACGACUGGCCUGGCUCACGGAUACCAGCAGGCCAACGUGGUGGUCCUGCCGCGCCGCAUGGCCGACGACUUUGAGGACUUCUGUCGCAGUAACCCCGCCCCCCUUCCUCUGCUGUACCGCAGCCAAUCAGGAGAGACUUCCUGUGAACCUCUGGCUAAACAUGCUGACAUCAGGACGGAUGUCUCCGAGUUCUGCGUCUAUCAGGACGGCCGUCUGGUCAAGACCGUCUCCAGCCUGCAGAGCUACAGCGAUCCGGCCAGAACCGGGUUGCCACUGGCAGACAUGGUGACCUUCUACCUGGGCUGCAGUUUCGGCUUCGAGGGCCGGCUGGAGGAGGCCGGGGUUCCAGUCCGGAACGUGGAGGAGGGCCGGAACGUCAGCAUGUUCCGGACGGCGGUGCGCUGCGUUCACAAAGGGGAGUUCCGCUGCCCCCUGGUGGUCACCAUGCGCCCGGUGCCGGCCGGGCUGCUGGACGCAGCGGUGGAGGUGACCCAUCAGAACCCGCGGGCCCAUGGCGCUCCGGUUCACGUCGGAGACCCAGCUCUGCUGGGCAUUCUGGACCUGACCCGACCGGACUAUGGCGACCCGGUGGAGCUCCGACCCGGUGACGUUCCCGUCUUCUGGGCCUGCGGAGUGACGUCUAUAGAAGCCAUCCUCAGCAGCAAACCGCCUCUGGCGUUCAGCCACUCUCCGGGCUGCAUGUUCCUGACCGACGUCCCGGACGCCCCGUCAACCGGCACCGACCCACAGCUGGCCCCGCUCUGCUUCCUGGUUUCCCACAAUCCCCUGCUCUACAGCCUGGUCUCCAAGGCGACGGCCGGGAAGAUCCGGCAGCUGGAGCGGAUCAUCGGGGACGACCCGGGCCAGCGGGGAAUCGCAGCCCUGUUUGUCCAGGAUGAACUCCUCCGCUGCUGCCUGGCGCUGUCCCACUCCUCCUCUGUUGCCAUAGUAACCGGUUUCCCCACACAUCACCAGCACAGUCCUCCGGAUGAGACGGACGGUCCGCCCGGAGCUAUCGCCAUGGCAACCAUGUUGCUGUCUCUAGGGAAACGGGUGACGCUGCUGACGGACCGCAGGGCAGCGGACAUGAACCGAGCUCUGGUGGACGAAGCGGUGAGGACAGGAGUCCUCAAAGCUGCCAUCCCAUUGGUCACCUUCGAGGAUCGCGGUCCUGACUCUGCAAUGCACUUCCUGUGUCACCAUGGAGACCCCACCAAGCCCAGGUUCGACCACCUGGUGGCGAUAGAGCGCAGCGGCCGGGCUCAGGACGGCAACUAUUACAACAUGAGAGGACAAAACGUCAAACACCUGGUGGAUCCCAUAGACGACCUGUUCCUCACCGCUCAGAACAUUCCUGGAGUCAUGACCACAGGGAUCGGAGACGGAGGCAACGAGUUGGGGAUGGGCAAGGUGAAGGAGAAGGUGAAGCAGCUGAUGCCCAAAGGAGACCUGGUGGCCUGCGACGUGGCGGCCGACUGCGCCGUGACUGCAGGCGUCUCUAACUGGGCCGGCUACGCCGUGGCCUGUGGGCUCUACCUGCUCCACACCUGUCCUGCUCACCAGCGCUACCUGAGGAGAGGACUGGGACUGGAGCCGGUGACCUCUGACCUGCAGCUGCAGGACUGGAGGAGGAACCUGCCGUCGGUCCAGAAGGAGGAGCUGUUCCUGGGAACGCUGGUGCGUUUCGGAAUACGAAGUGGGAAAACUGGGAACCUGGCCAUGGAGGUGGACGGCUUGACCUUUCACCCCACACACUCCCAGAUGAUCAGCCGACUCCUGGAGGUCACGCUAGGCUCCCCGGGUCAGAACCGACCCGUCGGCCACGAUUAGGUCCUCGCCACGGAGCGGCAGCCAGUUGCCAUGGUUACCGCUCUGAGAGGAGGCGCCGGCUCAGGAGCGAUAUCAUCAAUCCUUUAUGAUUUCGCUGUAAUAAAGAUGUAAAUCAUGACUAAUUCAGUUCACCAGAACCGGGUCCAGAACUCUCCUGGCAGAAUUCUGGACCCGGUUCUGGAUCCGUUUAAAUUCAAGAAUUUUCACUUUUCAGGAAAACAAAUGAAGUUUUUCAGCUGAAACCAUCAGGACAUUUCUAAACGGAUCAGAACCUCCUGUGGUUUCUCGGUUCAGAAAAUAUUAUUUCUAUAUUCAUAAUUAAUGUGAGAGAAAUUUAACGCUGAACCGAUUUGGAUCAGUAUCAAUGUUUCUGUCCUUUACGAACCUUCGAUUCAUCUUGAAAUGAGUUUUAUUUUAUUUUAUCUGCCGUUUAUAUUUAAUGAUUGUUUCCAAUUUGCUGUGAUGCAAAUAAAGUCAAAAGCAUCUUUCUAUAAA